AUGGCCUUCACGGCAUACCAGGAGGCCAGAGCCAAGCUGAAGGACAAAGCUCGGAUCAGGGGUUUUUGGCCACUGCGACAGAGCUCAAAGGGAAAAGGAAAGUUCAAGAAGGGCAAGGGCUUUGGCAAACAGAGGCAGACUCUAGCUGAUCGGAUCGCAGCAUCCCAUUGCAGGAUCUGCGGAGCAAAGGGACACUGGAAACAAGAGUGCCCAAACAGGGAUCGUGCUUCGACAGCUGCGGAUGCCAACGUGACCAUCACUGAGGAGAACUUCUUCACCUCUGAGCUGAUCGACCAUCUCCCCGAGAACACGGAGGACACCAUGUGGCAGGCCUGUCAAACCGGGUCGCCGCCUUGUAUGGGGUUGCCACCUGUGCAUCACCAUGUUAAUGAUGAAUUUAUUUUUACAACUUCCCAUAUUUUGCAUGAUCAACAUGUUUCCAAGGGUCAAAAUCCUAAGGUUUUGUCCAAAUUGGAAUUUCGAAAACUGUUCAAGAAGGCGUGUGAAGCAAGCUUCAGUGUCGUCAGGUCCCUGAAGACUGAUGGUGAGAGGGUUCAAGACUUAGGAGACAAGGGUUCAGGGAUAAUUGACACAGGAGCCAGCAAAACCGUCAUUGGUGAAAAGCGUGUGCAUGACCUGCUGGCCACUCUAUCAACUGAUCAUCAGAAACUGGUUCGUUGGCACAAAUCUGAAACUGUUUUUCGUUUUGGUAAUAAUGGAACCCUGAAGAGUCUUGGUGCUGUUUUUGUUCCUUUUGGAAGGCGUUGGCUAAAAGUGGAAGUCGUGCAGGGUUGGACACCAUUUCUCAUUUCAAAUGCAUUUCUGAGUGCACUGGAUGCUGAGUUGCAAAUCAGCAAGUGUAUUCUGAAAAUUCCCAAAUGGGGGGUGAGUGUCAAACUUCAGCGUAACUGCAAGGGUCUUUUCACUGUUGCGCUGAAAGAACUGAUUGAAGCAGCCAACGAAUUCGAAGGUAGGCCAUGUUCUGAGGAAGAGAUGUUCCUGAAGGAGGGAGAAACUCCCUAUGCAGCAGAUCUGGGCCCAAACUCGAGCCUCCCCUUGGAAGUGAUGGAGGAUCCCAAGCUGAGCUUCAACCAGGGGCCUAUCAUGAAGGCUCGCCGACCACCUGGAGUUCAGAGUCUUCAAGAAUGGGGAGAGAUGAAGUUUCCCGCGGGCAAGUGGAAAGGACAUCGGCUCACGGAAGCCUAUGUCUCGGACCACAAGUAUGCAAUGUUCAUGGCCUCGAAUCCAAAGCUGGUCUCCGCUUGGGCUCUCAGCUUUCACCAGUAUGUUCAGCUGAGGAUGCAGGUCGAGAUUCAGUACAAGGAGAAGAAACUGCAGCAAGAAAAGGAGAUGAUGCAUCAGGCCAUGUCAGCGGUGAUGGGAUCAGGUCAUGGACGCCCUCGAGAUUGGGAAGUGAUCUCCGCGACCACCACAUCCUUGGCCGAGACAAACAGUCAGAGCAGCCAUGGCAAUCUGAAAAGAAGUGCCUACGAGGUGGAGGAGAAGAUCGGAAUGGUGACCGAAUUGGAUGCCCAAACCAAGGAGGAGAAGAUGCUGCGUCUAGCGCUGCUUCAGCGCGAAAUGGACAUGCUCAAGAAGGAUGGCGAUUUGGCAACGAGUUCAGGGAGAGAAGCGUUGUGGAAAAUCAUCAUGGAGGAGAAACCUCGAGAGAUCUGGGUAGCACCUGACUGCAAGUAUUGGGGCAACUAUAGUCGACGAAAUAUGGGCCGCAGCCAAAGCACCGCAGACAAAAUUCUAGAUGGUAGGGUAGGAAAAAGGGUGUUCACCGAAGGGGAUGAAGUAGCUGUGGUUCAAAAGGGGGUACCUGGUUUCAAGGUGCGCAGGAUUGAAGUGUGCCGCGGAACAGAACAACUCCGUGUUCCUGAGUCUGGAGUUGAGAGAUCAGAGAUUCCCUUUCGAGUGACUGUGGUCAAAGAUCGCAGCACAGGCCAGGCUGAAGUGCUAGGGUCUCUCACAUCCGAUGCCAGUGUUGGAAGUCUCUCGAUGGCCGAAGAUGAGGGGCCGGCCAGUGAUCAAUUUCGUGUGGCAUUGGAGCGGCGCUGUUUGGCUCGGAAGGCAUUCAUCGAUGCCGACAACUCUUCCAGCUUAAGACGAGCGCUGUUGCGCCGGAGUCGACCACUGAGAGGACCAUAUGAAGUAGGGGAUUUGGUGUUGUAUUGGCAUAGAAGGGGGGCAAAUUUGAAGAGGGAGAGGGGUCGAUGGUUUGGUCCGGCUAGUGUUGUAGCUGUUGAGGGAACCCGAAAUGUUUGGUUGAAUCACAGUGGUAGACUCGUGCGAGCUUGCCCAGAGCAGAUCCGUCCUGCCAGCUUCCGAGAAUGGCAACAGAGCAGUGUACAGUCACCAGCGCAGGGCAAAUCUCCGGCGUCAGUAUUUUCCAAGAAUCUCAAAGGGGGUGGGUUCAUUGAUUUGGAGGGUGAAGGAAUCCCUGAGGAUGAAGUAGUGUCAGAGGGGUAUGAUCCAUCUAUUCUUGAACAGUCCGUUGGGGAACCUGAUGGGGAACAAUCAGCAGGGUCACCUCCCCAGUCGGAGACGCCAGAAGAGGCUGAAAAACAACUCAGUCCCCGAGAGAUUCCAGUACCUGAAUCUGAUUCUGAGGCCAUGGAACCUUUUGAAAUUCCUAUCCCAAAUGGUGAUUUUAGUGGUGAUGAUGGUAGUGAGGAGGAUGGUUUGUUAUGUGAUGGAGGGGGCGAUUUGGUGUUUGGGGAUGAUGUGGAAUUUGAGGGUUUUAGUUGUGAUGUUUGGGAAAUGGAAAUACCCCUGGAAACAAAACAAGAGGUUCCGGUUCUCUGCGCGAGUUCGGCUGACGAAAGUGUGUUGCUGGUUUCCGACACCAAGAAGCGAAAAGUGGAAGUGAAGCUGAGCUCUCUGAAAAGUCCAGACCAGUUUAGGAUUACGGUGGGUAAGACUUUAUCUGGGGAGACGUGGGGUGAGAAGGAUUUUUGGCAUGAAGGGACAGUGGGAACGUUGGGCAGCGUGGAUGCAAUGACCAUUCAAUCUGAAAUCAAACUCUAA